AUGCCUCCCCCUCACCUCUCACCCCUGUCUCGUUCUGUCUUUAGGAUCAUGGAGGCUGUCUGCAUCGGCUGGUUCACCGCAGAGUGCACCCUGCGCUUCCUGGUGGCGCGCAACAAGUGGGACUUCCUCCGGCGUCCGCUCAACAUCAUCGACAUCAUCGCCAUCACCCCCUAUUACGUCACCAUGGCGCUGGCCGGGGCCGGCAUGCCUGGGGCCGGGUUAGGGGUGGCCGGGAUCUUCCUGCGGGUCCUGCGUAUGAUGCGGGUGUUCUGGCUGAUGAAGCUAGCUCGCCACUUCAUUGGUCUGCAGACGCUGGGGCUAACGCUGCGCCGAUGCUACCGCGAGAUGGUGAUGCUAAUGGUGUUUGUAUUUGUAGCCAUGGCAAUAUACAGUGCUCUCGCUCAGCUGCUGGAGCACGGUUUGGACACAGACUCGCCCAACAGCGAUUAUGCUAGCAUCCCGGCUGCGGCGUGGUGGGUGAUCAUCUCCAUGACGACCGUCGGGUACGGGGAUGUGUACCCGGUGACGGUCGCCGGGCGGGUGCUGGGAGGGUUCUGCGUGGUGAGUGGGAUCGUGCUCCUGGCGUUGCCGAUAACGUUCAUCUACCACAGUUUUGUCCAGUGUUACCACGAGCUGAAGAUGCGCUCGGCUCGGUACGCGCGCAGCCUGGUCGCCGUGGACAUAAUGCGGUGA